GCUGUCACCUCGUCCGAACACAGGAACGAACCCCAUCGUUUGUUGAUGAAAUGAGAAGUGUCAAACGAAAUGUUUCAAUGCUGCAACUUUACAUGUACACUUACCAUGUGGUGUUGUAAUCCUGAAAAUGGAAGAAUCUGAGUCUUUCUGGUCAGUUCAGAUGAACAACUGUCAGUGAUUUUCACAAGUCUCUUUCGUUCUUCCCUAUUUGUACAAUGAGGAAGGUACUGAAUUUUGUAAAGGGCAAGCGUGACGAGAAGAAGGAUACGUCCUUGUCCCUAAAUGUGGCCAAUAUAUCGGUCGAGAUAACAGAUCCUGCUGGUGUUACAACACCCAGCGAUGACUAUGAUUUUGUGGGAACCACUCAACAAUGUACUGAUUAUGAAGUUGAUCUAUCAGGCAAAGAUAAAUCAAUCACUAAGCUUCACAAAGCCUCUUGGGUUGGAAAUUUAGAAAAAGUGAAAUCACAUUUAAAAAAGAUUGAUGUGAAUAUUGUGGACAACUCAAAUCGCACACCAUUGCAUCUUGCUGCUGCCCAGGGACAUACACAUGUUGUUUGGUUUUUGCUUUCAAAUAAAGCCCAGAUGGAUAUUAUUGAUGUGGGUGGAAAGACUUCACUUCUAAAGGCUGUUGAGGGUGGCUACAAGGAAAUUGUGAGCAACAUGCUUGAAAAGGGAGCAGAUCUAAACUUGAAGGAUGCCGAUGAGAAUACUGCACUUCACAUCGCAACAAAACUGGGCUACUAUGAUAUUGCAACAGUCCUCCUUAAAAAUGGUGCUAAUUUUGAAAGUGCAAACAAGAAAGGAGAAUACGCGCUACACAUUGCAACAACAGCUGAGCACAUGGAUUUAGUUGAGCUCCUACUUCGAUAUGGAGCAGCUGUUAAUGUCACUGAUCUUGAUGCAAGGACACCUUUAAUGCUCGCUGCUCGGUGUGGAAAUGCUCCUUUGGUGGAAUUGUUUUUGGAGUAUGGAGCCAAAAGAGACAUGGUUGAUAACAGCAGCUUCACAGCUCAGGACUAUGCCAUAAAUAAGGGAUACAGUGAUCUGGCAGCAUUGUUAGUCACAGCAACAAUGGAAAGGAUCGAAGAGGAGGACAAACUAGAGGACACUGAAACUGACUCAAGUCCUCAACAUAUGGACAAACAGAAGUCUGUCUCUUCAGGAUCCCUUGUCCCUGCUACUGGGAGUAAUGUGGAUGUCUCUGAUGAGCUUGUUGAUGUUGAUAGCUGGAAUGAUAGCCAGUCAGAAUCCAACAACAAAGAGACAAAGAUUCCCCAUUCCAAGCUCAAGAAAUUCCUAUCACCCUCAUCUGAUGACGAGAUAAGCAAUGAACAAAGUCCCGCUAAAGAGGAAAAGAAUGUGCAUGAUUCCCCUAAUUCAUGUGUAAUACCUCCUCCGCUUAAACCUCCUCGCAGUUGGGACCUAAUUCAAGCUGGAAUGAUUGAUGAUAACACAGGUUCAGAGGUGAAACGCUGCAGUUUGACUGCGUUGGGCACUCUACGGUCACGAAGAGAAAGCUUUAAUGACUCUGUUAAAAGUGAUCUUGAAUCUCCUAUGAGUCUCAAAGACUCUGCUGAUACCAAAGACAUGGACAAAGGGGAAGUUGUCACAUCGAAAACAAAUUCAAGCAGCAAAGUUGCUGACACAACUGUACUGAAAAGAGACAAGAGUGACUUGUCAGCUGUUGAGAGUGACUGGGAUAGUGAUGAAAGUUUGCCUUUAGAUAAAAGCGCAACUGCAGGAUCUGCUGAAAAGAUGCAACUUUCCCCGAAGCUCACCCACAAAAUAUCAGUUGACAUUCAUCAUGAACUGCCUGAUGAUGAUGACUUGCCUGCACCUCCGUCACCAUCACAACUUGAAGUGCCAGAAGAUUCAGGAUUUUUGCAGGUUGCUAAUCAAUCUGCUCCUGGAUCUGGUGCUGUAAGUCCAGAGCCUGUGAGUGAAAAGAGAGCAAGGAUGCUCCUUAUGCAGAACCAACAAUCUGUAGAGCUGACUCUGACUGAUGAUCGAACUGAGGAUAAAUCUGAUCAUAGUGAAGGUUCUCCUUCAGCGUUGCCAAAAGACGGAGAAAGUGAAAAUAAUGAUCAUCCUGGCUCCCCCUCAGUGGCUGGUACUCUUGGCCGUGAUGGAACAAUGCUUGGAUAUGAUGAAAUGUGGGAGUCAAAUGCAGCAUUUGCUCCCUCCAGCCCAACUUCACUUACCCAAGAAGCAGCUCUACCUACAAGCCACAGUCUCCCCAGAAUUGAUGAGAAAGUAGAGACAAGUGAAGGAGAGCAGUCUCCAAGCUCGCAGAUAAUUAUUGAUCUCAAUGUGCCAAAAAUAACAGAAAUUUCAAGCAGUAUUGAUAUAUUGACAUCACCUGUCCUCAAAUCCAUCAGCUCUAUUCCUCCACCCGUGCCAUUGGCAGUUGUAGGAAAGAGUGAGGAGGUGGAAGAUUUAACUAAAAAAGUUCAAGAUUCCAAAUUUUCUGCAAAACGGCAUGUGCGUAACAAGUCAAUAUUUCAGCUGCCUUUACAAAGUGAACCAACCCAGCCACCUGAACCUUCCAUUCCUCAACUUCAAUUACCAUCAGCUCAAGCACUCCAUGAUCAGAUUAUUAAUAGACAAUUGGAAUGUUAUGAUAUUGCUAUCAGAGAUCUUGCUGCCUCAAGCCCCUCCAAACGAGAAUCCCCCAUCACGGACAACUUAAACCCCAUAACAAUUCAGGCUUUGAAAUCGACACAAACUGUACAUUCCGAAUCUUUUGUUGACAAAGGUCAUCGAAUUAUGCCUGACCUUUUGGCUGGGUCGAAAGUUGCUGCACUUGCUGCUGCAUUUGGUGGAGAAUCAAAUCAGAGUAAGAAGGCCUCUGAACAGCCGAUCGUUGGUGAAGCAGUACCUGCUGCCGUACUGGAAGAAGGUGUUGAAGAAGAGGAAGAAAUAGAGUCAGAUGAAGCCUAUACCUCUCAAAUACAAGGGGGUCCAGAGAAGCCUCUCAGAAAAAAGCGGAAAUCACUUCUUGCUAUGCAAAAACUGGAGCCUACAAGCUCACAAGGCUCUCGGGGGUCACAAAGCAAUGAGAAAGUUGAUGAAGGUGUCAGCUCGUCUGAUUCUGAUGAUGAACCAGCCUAUUGGGGCUCAGCCGGUAUGAGCAAGGUUUUGAGGCAGUCAACUGUCAUCAAAAAAGGCGAUGUUGAUCCACAAAACGCUUUGUCCCAUGAAAGUUUCUCUCUUGAAGAUAUUGAACACACAAGCACCUCUGGCAGUAGUAAUGAGGAUGUAACCGCUCCAGUUGAAGACGUUGCAGGAUCAGGAAAGACUGCAGGUUCCGUCAAAACAGGUGGAGAUGAUACAAAGCUUUCAGUUGUUGAUUCAGAUGCUGAAAGUUGUGCUUCACAGACUGAUGAAACUCUAUCUCAUUCUUAUGCCAAGAAUCAUGAAUCCCUAUUAAAGCAUCAUCUUCAAGUUGUCACUGAAGAACGUGGUCGUUUGGCUGAGACAACAGUUGAACUGGGAGAGAAAACAGAACGACUAAUGUAUGAGCUGGCUGAUGCCCGAGAGGCUGCAAGAGCAAGGGAUGAAGUCAUAUCAAUGCUUCAAACUCAGCUUCAGCACCUAGAGGAGAGCCAUAUUAAAGGUCUUGAAGAGGUUCAGACUCACAGGUUCCACCUUGACAGCCGAGACCAGGAGUUACGUCAUUUAGAAGAAGUUUGCCUAAAGGCUCAAGAGGAAGCUACCCACUUGAAAGAAAUUAUACGCCUCAAAGACAAAGAAAUCGCUAACCUGACUCAGAUGCGGGCAAGUAGGGAUGAAGAGGCACAAAUGCAAUCCAUGGCACGGAACAAAGAUAAAGAUAUGACAAUAAAUGAACUGAGAAUACAUUUGAAAUAUGUUGAGCAAGAAAGGGAUAGGUUGAAAGAAACUUUGGUUGCAAUGGAGCACCAGCAAGCAAGCCUUCAGGCUCGCACAGAAGCUUUAGUUGAGGAUAACGCCCGCACAAGUGCCCAGUUAUCUAAUGAUCUGCGAAAUGCACAAGAGGAAACAAACAAGUGGAGGAACUUAUAUGAGUCAUGUCUUUUAAAACUUGAAGCUAUGGAUUCCACUCAAGUGAAAGUUCUCCUAGAUGCUAAAAGUAGUAAAAAAGAAGCAGCUUACCAGAAAGAAAUUCUUAGUGCAGUUGAAAGACUAGAAAAGGAAAAGGACGCAGAUCGAAAAAUUUGGCAAGCAAAGAUCAAGGAUGAGGUGGCGAGUGCUGUGCAUUUGUUGAAGUCUGAGUACGAAAAAGUGGAGGAAACAUUACGGAAGCAUAAUGCAACUCUCGAAGCAAUGGUAGAAAAGCUUCAAAUUAAUCAUGAUAUUGCGAUAAAGAGACAAGAAUCUUUGGAAAACCAACUCAGAAGUGCUCAAAAUGAACUCCAACAGAACAAGAGGGAGAUAUCAGAAGUAUCUCAACUUCAACUUGAAUUUUCUCGGAUGAAACAUCAGGCAGCUACAGAUCAAAACAAACUAAAGACUCUAGAGUCCGAACUGGACUCUAAAGAGCAAUCUUUAAUAGACCUGAGGAAAACCCUUGAAAUUGUUCGACAAGAGAAGAAAGAAUUGUCUUCUCUGCUUUCAUCUAUGUAUCAAAAGAAAGAUAGUGUUGAAGACACUACUGAUAUCAGUCAGGCUUUUGUGGCUACUAAUGAAGAAACAGGAAAAUGUCAAGACUUGGGAACAUACCCUAUAGAUGAUUAUCCAAAAUUACUCAACGAUUUACUCAAAGAAAAUGGAGAUCUAAAACACAAAAUAGAUCAACUAAACUCACAGAUUAGACAUCUGCACAUAGAGCACACUGCAACGUUAGAGCAGCUUAAUCUCGAGAAAGCCAAAAAUAGUGCUGUGAAAUUUGUUGACAAUCAAGGUGCUGCUGUAAUCAAAGUGACACAAGAGCUAGAGAAUAGCUUCCGACAAGAGAAGGAAGAACUUCUGAAGCAAAUAACUGAUCUCAGAAUGAAACUCCAGAAAAGAGAUAGCUCUCCCAGUUCUGCAAAUUUAUGCAAUGCAUCUGCAAUGACUGACCAAGUACGUUGGAAUCAGUCCGGGUUGAUGGGUGUAGUGCAAAAGCAAAAGGAAGAAAUAGAAAAUCUUAAAUCAGAAUGCACCAAGUUAAGAUCUUCCAGCAAAAGUCCGUCCCCAUCACCAAGCAACAUACCCCCAGAAAUAAAACCAAGACCUGGUAAACCAUCACCCAAAUCACCUAGGACUACACCUGACACAAUAGACUUGUUGAAAUCCACAAAGAAGGAGGAAGAAUUGUCAAAUGUGCAGUCAAAAGAAUUUCUUCAGCCAUAUGUUUGCAAGAGAUGCAACAGCUCAUUUUCCCCUAACAAGCACUUCACAGGUGUGAAUCAGAAAUUGAGUAGUGCAGAGACCCAAACAAUUGAAGGUUGUGAAUCGCCAGCACACACUUCAAAAUGUUCAUCGCCACGCCACAGUUGGAAUCAAAAGACUGGAAGCAACAUUGAACAGGAACUACAAGCCCAAGCUGAAAAGUGCUUGAAACAUCAGCAAAUGAUUGCUGGUCUGAAAUCUGAGCUUCAGCUUUUGCGUGGUGGAAGUGGUGACUGUGACUACCAAUACAACUUGCAAAAGCAGGUUUCUGAUUUACAACAGAAAAUUAAAGAUGAAAUGGCUCUCCGCUCAAGUCUUGAACUUCAAAUGAACAAAAUGAAGUAUGAGGUGCAGGAGAAAGGCCAAGUUGAAAAAGAAUUGCAGAAGCUGAAAGGGCGGCUUGAAAAGGAUUUUGUGUCUCGACGUGAACUGGAUCAUUUUAAAAUGCAGGCAAGAUCUGAUGAGACCUCAGAGCUCACUACAAAGCUCGCUCAAGUGAAUAAGUUACUUCUCCAGCAGGCACAUGAUCGCUCUUCAGGCAAAGCGAAAGAAAGCGUUGAAGCACAGAUUCACAAAGAAUAUGAAGAAACUCAACAAUAUCUAUCUUCAGAGCUUGCUAAAGUACAGGCUUCUUUGCAAGCUAAGGAAAGUGAAGAGAGGGAACUCAAACUGAAAUGUGAAAAAUUGUCUCGAGAAUGUGACAAAAAGAACGAGCAGAGGAGAAAGAUGCUGAUUGAAAAAUCUUACAAUCUGGGACAGCAGUUCACGAAGGAGAAAUUUUCCUCAGCCACAGAGCAGAAGCCAAAUUCUUCUGUUCCCCCAGAGUCUUCCCUCUCUAACAAGCAUCCCGUCAAAGAACCAAUAGUUCCCAAGGAGAAUCCCUACUCUCAGCUCUUACGUAAAGAAGUCAAGAAAAAUGCUGAAAAGUACAAAGUGUCCGAGCCAAUUUCGGACAUCUCUUCAGGAGUAAAGGCAGAAGAACACAUGGUGUACUUAAAGAAGAAAUACUGCUUGCCAUAAUUGUCUUGAAGACUGUCCUCUUGAACAUGAGAAGGGAACUGCUAUCACAGAAUAUGCACUUUGUUGAUGUUUUUGCAAUGUUACUGAUCUGUGAUUGUGGUCCUUUACAUUGUGGUCUUUGAGAUUAUUUCAUUAUUAGUAAGUAUGACUCUUAAUUCCCCUUUUCCUGUCUUUUCUUAACUUUCCUCUACAUGAGGCAAUUAUGCCAAAAUGCACUCAUUAUUCAUGUACGUUCAUCCUGCCAAAGAAAGUCCACCUAGUCAUUUUGAUCUUUCCAUAUUUUUAUUAACUUAUAUUGUGUACUUUAUUGGAAUAUUCCAUUUGUGUAGCUAGUCAUCUUCUCUGUCAUGUGUGUUAGUUGUCGCUUUAGCAGUUUAGUGAAACACAUGUAAGUGAUACAGUUCUAUGUAAGGCUGACAUUUGAAACCUGUUGCCAACUUUUUCUAUUGUAAACAUUACAAAUCUGAAACGUAACUAGUCAAGUGAUAUAUGUAGGUACAAAUCUUUUCUUCCCUUUUGCUCUCCUUAGAUUUUUGUUUUCAAGAGAGGCCUAUUCAGAAAUAGGCAAUGCAACUAGUCAAGUAAAAACACCAUGUGAACUUUCAGGAUGUCUUGAAGAGUGCUGCUUAUGUCACAGCUGAAGUGAAAUGAGCAGCACUUGGUUAUCCUCUUUUCACUAUUUGCCUCAAAGUCAAAUUUGGCAUUUUAAAUGUGUUUGUUUGUGUUUGUUCAUGAUGUGGAACUGAGGUUCUUCCAUCUAGUUUUUUAAAAGUUCAAAGUAAGAUAAUGCCAAGUUCAAAUUGGUGCUAAGCUGAAGAGUGAGUAUUAAUAUAGUCUUUCCUGAGAAUUGGCUUUGCCAUCAUCUCUGUUAUUUUCAAGAUAUUUGUAAUUUAGUAGUCUGAUUAAUGUAUACUCAGCACAUAUAGUGUAUUAUAAGACUAUCGCACAACUUUUGCCCUAGGCAGGAAAUUAUCCAGAUUGUUGGGUAAAAAAAAGUACAGACUGUUUUUGAACCAGAUUUUCUUAAUUUAUUCUGUUGGACCAUAGCUUUUUACAGUUCUGUGUGCACUGUAAUUGGUUUACUUGUUUUCUCAUAGACUCAAUUGUUAGAUAAGUCUUUUCAAAUUGGUUCUAGAUGAAGCUGAUUCAUAACUUAGAUGACAACUAUUAGAAUGGUCAAAUGUUGCUUUUUAACGCCCAUUGUCCUAAAAUACCUCACCAUCUUUAUUGAUUCAACAUUUUAUUUUAUUCGAUUGCCUGUGUGACAUUUGUUCAUUCAUCAUUGUCUUUCAAAAUUGUGUCAAAACUCAUAAGCCACACAAUGACCAUUGUUGGGUGGUAUAUUGUGUGUUCUUCACUGUUCUUAAGAAUUCUUGUACUUUUGUGCAAUUUUAUCAUUAAUUUAGUGAAGCUUUGUGUCAACAUUACUUCAUAGGUUUUAAACCAAAGAUGCAGUACUAUAUGUGUCAUUUUCCUUAUUUUAGCCUGACUAUUAUUUCCAUGAAACAAAUUGGUUAAAAAAAAAUCAUGCAUCAUUGAUGAAAGAGGGCCCUUUUGGAGCCCAAGCCACAGUGUUUUUACAGGAAGACAAUGGUAACACCAGUUGCUUAUUGAAUUCCUGAAAAUUAUCCUGCUUACCUUUUAUUGGUUUCAUUUCUAUGUCCUGUCAAAUGUGUUUGUAUGUUAACCAUUUCAUCAGUGCUUUACACAAAUUAGGUCAUUUUUUUCUGGUGUGCUGAGCUAUUACAGAUUUUUGCUCAAAUAUUAAGUAGCUCUUGUUUUGUCUUUUAGAAACAUCAGUACUUAGAAGAAGAAUUCUUUAUCCAAGUAAUCUUUAUUUACUAUAUUCAGUAUUAUUAUGUGGCGUGAAUGUGGCACUUUAUGUCUUGAAGGUAGCAAUGUCAUUAUUUCUAGAGUCAAUGUGUCAAAUUCAGAUCUAAAUCUAAAUGUACUACACUAAUUUUCUCUCUUUUCUCAAAAGUAUUGUGGUUUGUGGUUAAAACAAAGUUUUUCCUUUAAUCAGCUGGUUUGAUGUCUAAUAAUCUAAAAGUAACAAUAUUUUAUGUUGUGUUUCUCAAAAUUUAUCUUUGUUCAGCCCAUGUGAAAUCAAAACACACAUAAAAGGGCCUGAUUUUAUCCACCCUGAAAGAAUUUGAUACUUUUGUGGCCCUUCUUUUAACACAUUUGCUGCUAAACUAUGCAGUGCACGAUUUUGACACAGUGAUUGUAAACCGAAGUGGUGAGCACACUAUUAAGAACGAAAAAAUCGUGGAAAGUUGACUCAUUUUUAGCAUGUUCUCAGUGUUAUAUGUAUUGAUGCAAACUAGAAAAGUUUUAAUAAAUAUAUCCUGUUUAA